UGUUUCUGUCCCUUCAGAUCAGUGUGACCCUGGUUUAUCGCUGUCACCAGGGAGGAGUGUCAUGGCGGAGCCCGACUACCUGGAGGGAGACUGUGAUGAGCUCAUCAAACCCAAGAAGCUGAUCAACCCGGUGAAGAACUCUCGUAACCACCAGGACCUGCACCGAGAGCUGCUCAUGAACCAGAAGAGGGGUCUGGCUGCUCAAAACAAACCUGAGCUCCAGAAAGUUCUGGAGAAGAGAAAGAGGGAACAAGUUCUCAAGGCUCAGAAAGAGGAGCAGGAAGCCCACAAGAAGAGGAGCGACCUGGAGAUAGAGCUCAUGAAAAGACAACAGAAACUAGAGCAGCUGGAGCUGGAGCAACAGAAAAAUGAGGAUGAACAGGAGAACACCCCGGAGUUUGUGAAGAUGAAGAGCAACCUGCGCAGGACCAAGCAGGAGACCGACGGGGAGGAACGGACCACCUAAAAACCAGCAGGGGUGUCUGGGUCUGGCUGAUUGUGCGCGUGUUUGUGGACACGGAGACGUCAGGAGAGUGUGUGUACAAAAAAGAGAGAGAGUGUGGUCCAGGUGCACGCUGAUGACCUGGCCAUGGUCCAAGAUGAACUUCCUGGCUUACCCCACCUAGCAGAUCAUUCCCGCAGUGAGGAGAGAGACUUUACUGACUAAAGACCCCACUCUGCCUGCCUGCCAUGGACCGCCAGUACUCACCUCUGCUCCUCGCACCCAUCCGGCAGCACACAGCACCCCCUGCAGGAGGGACCUAACACAGACAUGUUACAUGUAAAACGCCUUUCAGCAAGGGCGCGCAAGCUUCCAAUGAGCUCUGAUGGAGAAAACAACCAAACACACACACACACACACACACAGGAGUUUUCAUCCCCUCUGUUUUCACUCCUUACUCCACAGAAAGCUGUUGAUCUCUUUACUGUUAUCAAUGUUGUUCUUGUUGUUGUUGUUUUUUUUGUUCUCACCUUCAGAAUCAAAUAAGGAAAAGUGGACACUGGAUGGACUCUUGAAGCUGUGUAAUGUAAAAGCCAAACAUUUGUGCUUUUCUUAUUUAUGUUUGUAGCUUUUAGCCCAGGUAUAGGGGUGGACACUUUUUUUAGUUGUUCUGUAUUUUUAGUUUGUUUAACAGCAUAGUUUAUGAAGCCAGAACAGGACAAAGGGAGUGCACAGUUGUGAGAAACGCUCAUCAUGUUUGCUUUAUUUUUAUUAUUUUUAAAUUCCAAACAUGCCAUUUCCUCAGCUAAUGCAAUUGUGAGCAAUAGUAGAACUCCCAGGCAUGAGUGACUUUUUCUUUAUAUACUCUGUUGUUUUGUAUGAAAAAAGUGUUACUUAAUAAAUAAUUUAAGUUUUUGUUAGGGUGGUCAAUAUGAAUAAGCCUUUUGCUUCCUGUCCGAUCAGUCAAUCUACUCGGCUCCUGAAACAACUCUGAUAAGUGUUUUGGAACUUUAUCACUGCAGUAUUUUGUCCAUAACAAUUGAGCCAUAGAUUUGUAAAGCUAAUUUAAAUCAGUGAAUCUGAAUAAAAGUGUAAUUACAAUGCCCUAAAUGGCAUACGUAGUGGUUAUUUAAAUAUUUCACACAAUGAUAUCAUGGGUCUACAAUUCUGGUGUGUGGGUCUCGAAGAGAUGAUGGCUAUUAUUCUAAUUGGAAGAAUCAGAUUUAUAAUGACAUAACCCUGUGUUCUCCAGAAUUCUCUUUUUAAUAAACAUCAUUUUAACACGUUC